CCGGCUUGAUCCGUGCGCCCGUCGACUACGUACCGUUCGCGUGCCGUGGGAUUUAUAAUAAAAUCGUCGGGCCAACAACAAUAUAUUUCGAACGUGCCUGACUUGGCUGUCUGCACUCCGUUCAAAUCCUAUUUCGUACACGAUCGAAUAAACAAACGACUCCCCCCCCACCUACUCCCGGUUGACGUGCAUUAUUGAUGCCCAGAAGAUAAUAUUUUCGUUGUCACUGCAGUGAAUCCCCCAAAAAAAUUUCAUUUUUACCGUAUGUUAGAAAAGUUUAAACGUGCGUUCGUCCAACCCGACCAACAACUAUAUGACGCGGUUGGGGUGUGUUUUAGACGUUUCGUGAAUAUUAAUUCAUUUACACUUUGACAACAUUACCGUUGGUGGAGAUCAUUACGUUUUUUUUUUUAUGUCUGUGAAGGGAGAGAAACGAUAUUGUAACGCCACGAGUAAAUUGUUAUCUAUUUUGUUGCUGAUUAACCGAAUAAAUAAGUGUGCAAAUAAUUGAAUCACAAUGGUCGUGUUACCGGUAUUUGGGCUACUUAUAACUGUUGCAGUCCMGAGGAUAUACGGUGAAUGUGAGUUUCCUGCUCAAUGGUCCGGCCGAUGGUUUCAGUCUGGUGUSAAUCAUUACAUAAAUAUAAAUACGACCACUAUCACGACCAAAGGAGAUUGCGUGCAAAACGUCAGCGACAAGUUUCUGAUCGAAGACAGGGACGAAGACUGCAGAAGGUGCCUGGUGAUCACGGAAAAACACCAGAACGUGAUACAGUACAAAGAAAACGCAAUAUGCGAAAAACGCAGCCUCGACGAACUGUGCGGAGAGAUUACCAGUGACGCUCCGCUCUACUCCAUGUUUAGGGUAGAUGCCACUCCGAUCCCGUGCCCGUUUGAUGGGCUUCAAGCGCCGUUUCAUUUCUCGUAUAGCCGUGGUGGUUACACCGAAUGCAAGUCACCGGUUUCAAAAGCCGAUUCCUGUACGUCAGACUCGAGGUUGAUGCUCAAGUUUCAAGCUUGCCCGGACGUCCAUAACACCGAGAGCACAGUCGAGGAACUGUUGUGUUUGGCCACAUGGAAAGACGGCUCGACGAAGUACAUGAUCGGUAAGCUGGAACACACACCUACGUCGUCGGACGAAGAAAAGUACCGGUGCUUCGUAGUGGGCAAAUCGAUAGGUGGUAUGUUCGAUAUGGCCCAGUCAGGUGACGCAACGUGUAAUGGUAUGUCGUCACCCACUGACGGAUCAAGAACGAUGAAAUUCGUCAGAGUGGAGAACCACCACCACCACGGCGUUGGUUCGGGUUGCCGAUACCCGUCAUGGUUGACCGAACACCACACCUGGCACUCGUUGAACCACGGUCACGUUUACCAUUUCUCGCCAAGAAACGGCACGUUGCGGAAGAGCAUACCGGGGGCCGGGCCGGACCACGACAUCCGCGCCGCGUGUUACAAGGUAAUCAACGUCACCGAUAACAAGGCGCUGAUCAUCACGCAUUACACCAUCGGGUGCCAAAGCGGAUAUGCGUGCAUGGGGUUUUAUCGCCGUGACAGCCAAGUUGUUGAGGUCCAAGAGAGUGCUCCAGCGCCCAAAGGUCGCGAGUGCCCGUUCCUGGGCCGUUACGAGAUUAGCGGCGGACUGAACGCCGAAGACGUGGGCAAAGCGCUGGCCGCCAGCCGGCCCGGCAGCGAGAAUAACCAAGACAAACCAUCGAUACCGUGCAACCCACCCGGCAAACAGUACCUGACCAUCGGCUGCAAUUCGCCGGACACCAUGGAGUUCCAGUCAGAGUGCGGUACCAAGACCGUGGCCGCGUACACGUGCUACGGACACUGGAAGAACGAAAAUACCGGUGUCAACUACGUGAUAUCCACGCCACAGGGACGAUCGGCUACCAAUUCCAGACGAUACUGUUUCAUCAUGUCACAAGUGAACGGAAUGGCUCAGCAAACGUUGCACAUCGCCUCGGUGAUGGAAUCGUGCCAUCCGCACCCGCUUGGCCGGCUACAUUGGGCGUUUAACAUAACGCAUCAAGGUCUGUGCAGUUCCGAAUCUAGCAGCGCCAUCGUUUCCGGGUUACCGGUCCUAGUCCUAUUUGCUGCCCUGCUGGCCGCCAUUGUCAAUCGCCGGUGAUCAUCGUCGUCGUCAGCAGUCGUGUCGGCCGGCCGGCCGCUAGACAUUUAGAGGAGUCUCGCGCCAAUAUUAAAAAGAAAACCAAGACCACAUCGCUAAAAAAAAAAAAA